GACCGGGAGCCAUUUGUGGAGCCUGGGGCUCUUCUCCUGUCCCUUCCUCCUCAGCGGGGGUGGCUGCAGGCUUAGCCUGUCCCCAGAAAGCCAGGGAAUAGCUGGGGAGAGUUAGAGCACCUGCCAACCCAGGCACAAUGCUGAGCUCGUGUCUGGCGGGAGCCUACUUAACGCUUGGCAUCCUGGGGAGAAGAUGCUGCUGAUGUCCUCGUGGGGCAGAUCAGCUGGGGCUAGGGGAUGACGUCACCAGCCUGGGGCCCACAUGGCUAAGAGACAACCGCUAAGGCCUAGGUUUCAAUGAUGGCUCUUUAUUGCCAGAGUUAAUGAUACGAAUUAACACCUUUAUAACACUGAGCGAGGGCUUUUCACAUAUCAGCUCAUUUAAUGCUCACAAUUGUAUGAGGUGUGUGGUACCAUGAGCCUCAUCUUACAAAUGAGAAACUGAGAUUCUGAGAUGCUGAAAGCUGGGAAGCCGCUGAGCGAGGAUUCGAACCCAGGUGUCUGGCCCUGGGGUCCAAGCUCCUGUCACAAUGAGGGAGCCUCCACCAAGUGCCCCAGCGGCCAGAGGGUUCUCACUAUGGCCUGCCCAGCACUUCUCCUGCAGGGUGAGUGGGACUGCCGUGCGUGCACUUGGAAGGUGGGAGUCCUGGCAGGUGUCUGGCCUGGUGGGAGGGAGAACUGGGUGGCCGUCCUGCCUAAGCCGGGGCCUGCCAGGCAGGACGAGGGGGCUGUCCCUGUCAUGCCUUGUGGCCCUCACCUCUCCUCCUCCUUCGGCUCUGGGGAGGCCCCCCCUCCUACAACCUUUGCCUCCAGAUCGGCUUCAUGCAUGUUCUGGCCCUGCCCGGAAGGGUGCUGCCACCUUCGGUCGCUGUGUGUCUGGCCAGCACUGCCUGCCUUUCCUGACUGUGUUGACUUUCCAAAGAAUGUUAUGGACUCUGGCACUGAGCUUGGCCGGGCCUUCACCCUGGGUGUGGCGGCCGGCCUCAGCGAGGGGGACGUGCUUCCUACCUGCAGGGCUGGGGCUGCCUGCUGGCCAGAGGGAAAGGAUGAGAAGGUAUUGGGACCCUCACCAUCGUGUGUUCCCUCCCAGAACCGUCAGGAAAAUCUUCUCUUCCUCUCCUCCCCCACUUGGCAUGAAGCUGUCGGUUGCUGUUCCCUGCAUGGCUCACAUUCCUGCUGGAGCCCCGGUGCCCUUCCUGAGUGUGCCCUAGUGCAAAGCACACACGUGCACACACACCCUAAAUGCACACCCCCCACACACACACCCCCUUGCUCGAGACCUACCACUUUCAUGCCCAGCUGCCUAUGCAUUACCCUCUUGUCUACACUCGCUGUAGCCCCACAACACACACACCCCCACCCUCACCCCCACCGCUGGCCACCACACGGCCCCUGUGUCCUUCCUGGGCUUGGGGGACCUACGCUAUUGUCGGCACACGCAGCUUGCCCUCUCAUAGUACCAGUGGCCCGUCUCUGCAAACGGGGGAGGGCGGUUUGAGGAUCAGAGAUGGACGUGGCUUCCCCACGGUCCUUCCAGCUCAGUUGCUGAAAUCGCCUCCUCCCCCUUGGCCUUGGCCACCGACAUAGAACGGCUCAGGGCUCAAACCACACACACACCAAACCGUCCAGGUCGAAGGUGAUAGCUGGGAAACGGGGCUGUCCAUUCCUAGCCUCCCCCUGACCCAUCUCUGGGGGCUGAGAUAAGCGGUUGGCCUAGAGAAGGUGUCCGAGCCCCAGCUGACCGCACUGAACUGGGCUGGAGAAGGGCGCCGUGGGGAACCACGAGCCUAAUGAGGACAGAUGGGUGGGAAUACCUAGGUCCCUCUCCCCUCCCGGGCCACUGCCUCACUUUAUCCUAAUUUAGCGAGUUCCCGCUGUGGGCCAGGCCCUCCAUGGAGGGCACCUGCACAUUAGCUCAUUCAAGCCACACACGGCCCUUUGGGGGGUUAAGCAGCCCCCAGCUCUCAAUGCGUUCUGGGUCCACAGCCUUACAGACCCAGGACCCUGGAUGCGUUAGCCACUC